AUGUCGGUAUUCAACCAAGAACUCAGCAACCAAGAGUGCGAGCUUUCGAGCUCGUCCAAUGCCAUCGCUCAAGAGAUGGAUGAAGCUCCCCAGGACGAGACUAUGAGCCACAACAGGAAUCGUUGGAGUAGCAGUGACGCAUCCGGCUCAAGCUCAAUCGCCACCUUUUUUGAGAUCGUCAACCCGCCAUCUCAAUUGGUUUCUAGUCCAUACCCAAACACCGAACGCUUCCAAUCAAACGUUGUCGUGGUGAUUGAAGACAGCUACUCAACAGCAUUCGAAUUUGAAAAAUUACUCCCCUUUGAGGACUACGAGUGCCAGGACGAUUUGUCGGCGUUGUCCCGAAGGUCGUCUCUCCAAAACGAGGCGGAGGAUCUGGACGAUGGAACCGAUCGGCUGGACGGAAGGCUUCUGCCAGAUUUCUUUACCUACACGAGCGAAGAGCGUGAAUUGAUCAGACGGAAUCUGCCUAUCCUUCGAACCCAACUCGAGAAGACCGAGGAGAGCAGCCCCGCCCGGCCUGGUUCAGUUCUUCCCAGGGAAAACAAAAACUACCACCUUCCAACCAAGUCAUCUGACUUUCAUCAAAAUACGGCCCAGGAUCAUCUUAUCACAAGCGUCAAUGACUCGGACAUCUUCGGCGACUUCAUUUUCUGA